AGUUAUAUUGAAUUAUUGUUUGUAUGAUUACUUCGUGUCUGCAGGUGGAAAGGUGGAAUAGGAGGGAUAAGGAGGAAUAGAACUCCUGCCUGUGUUAAGGGAUCGGAGGGAAUAAGGAGGUGGAAUAAUGGAUCUCAGAGAGGGGACUAACGACAUAGAGAGCAUGGAGGGACUGGGAAUGGAUGUAGAGAGGAACGGGUCGGGGUUUGAGGACGAGAAGGAGGCCGGGAUGAGGCAGCCGCUGCUGCUGAGGAAGAGGACCAUGAAUACAACCUCACAGAUUGCGAUAGUUGGUGCCAACGUUUGCCCCAUUGAAAGCUUGGAUUAUGAAAUUGUGGAGAAUGAUCUUUUUAAGCAAGACUGGAGAUCAAGGAAAAAGGUUCAGAUAUUUCAAUACAUUGUCCUCAAGUGGACUCUUGCACUUCUUAUAGGCUUGGCAACUGGACUAGUUGGCUUCUUCAACAACCUUGCAGUUGAGAAUAUUGCCGGAUUCAAAUUGUUGCUAACUAGUGAUCUUAUGCUUAAGGAUAGGUUCUUUGCAGCAUUUUUGGCAUAUUCUGGUUGCAAUUUAGUAUUGGCAGCAGCUGCUGCAGCCAUCUGUGCUUACAUUGCACCUGCAGCUGCCGGGUCUGGCAUACCUGAAGUGAAGGCAUAUCUCAAUGGAAUUGAUGCUCAUUCUAUAUUAGCUCCGAGUACGCUCUUUGUAAAGAUAUUUGGUUCAGUUCUUGGAGUUUCUGCUGGAUUUGUUUUGGGCAAGGAAGGGCCUAUGGUACAUACAGGAGCAUGCAUUGCCAACUUACUUGGUCAGGGUGGGUCCCGCAAGUACCACCUGACAUGGACAUGGCUCAGGUAUUUUAAGAAUGACAGGGAUCGCCGAGAUUUGAUCACCUGCGGGGCUGCAGCUGGAGUGGCAGCUGCCUUCCGAGCACCUGUAGGUGGUGUCCUCUUUGCCCUUGAAGAAGCAGCAUCUUGGUGGCGAAGCGCUCUCCUGUGGAGGACAUUCUUCACAACAGCUGUUGUUGCUGUGGUAUUAAGAGCUUUCAUAGAAUACUGCCGUAGUGGAAAAUGUGGACUCUUCGGGGAAGGAGGACUAAUAAUGUUUGAUCUUAGUUCAACCAUCACUGCAUACAGUACUCCAGAUCUAGUAGUAAUUUUGGUCCUUGGAGUCAUUGGGGGUGUAUUUGGAGGCCUCUACAACUAUCUAUUGGACCGGAUCCUUCGCACCUACAGCAUCAUUAAUGAGAAAGGUGCUCCAUUCAAGAUACUUCUCACUAUCACCAUAUCCCUCCUCACCUCAUGCUGCUCCUAUGGACUCCCUUGGCUCGCCAGGUGCACUCCAUGUCCUGCGGAUCUUCAAGACCAAUGUCCCACCAUUGGCCGCUCAGGCAACUUUAAGAAUUUCCAGUGCCCCCCAGGUCACUACAAUGACCUUGCUUCCCUAUUUCUUAACACCAAUGAUGAUGCCAUCCGCAACCUAUUCAGUGGUAACACUGACAACGAGUUCCACAUGUCCACCCUUUUCAUCUUUUUCACUGCCAUUUAUUUCCUCGGCCUUGUAACCUAUGGAGUUGCUGUCCCUUCUGGUCUCUUUAUUCCUGUUAUACUUGCUGGUGCCUCCUAUGGCCGCAUUAUAGGGACUCUUCUGGGUCCCAUCUCUGACCUAGAUACUGGUCUCUUCGCCCUGCUUGGGGCUGCAUCUUUUCUUGGUGGAACUAUGAGAAUGACUGUCUCAGUAUGUGUUAUUCUUCUGGAGCUCACCAAUGAUCUUCUAAUGCUCCCCUUGGUCAUGCUUGUUCUUCUGAUAUCCAAAACGGUAGCUGAUAGUUUCAACCUAGGUGUCUAUGAUCAGAUUGUUAAGAUGAAAGGCUUGCCAUACAUGGAGGCUCAUGCAGAGCCCUACAUGAGGCACUUGGUCGCUGGAGAUGUGGUCUCAGGCCCGCUCAUCACUUUUGCUGGUGUGGAGAAGGUGGGGAACAUAGUGCAUGCAUUGAGGUUGACAGGCCAUAAUGGAUUUCCAGUGAUUGACGAGCCACCUUUCUCAGAUGCACCUGAGUUGUGUGGGCUUGUCUUGAGGUCUCAUCUGCUUGUGUUGUUAAAAGGGAAGAGGUUCACCAAAGAGAGGGUGAGAACUGGGGUGGGGGAGCUAUUACAAAGAUUUGGUGCUUUUGAUUUUGCCAAGCCUGGAUCAGGUAAAGGAAUGAAGUUUGAAGACUUGGAUAUCCAGGAGGAGGAAAUGGACAUGUACCUGGAUCUGCACCCGAUCACGAAUACAUCACCAUACACAGUGGUUGAGACAAUGUCACUGGCAAAAGCUGCAGUGCUUUUUCGGCAGCUUGGACUCAGGCACCUUUGUGUUGUGCCAAAGACACCAGGGAGGCCUCCCAUUGUUGGAAUUCUGACGCGGCAUGACUUCGUGCCAGAGCACAUUCUUGGAUUGUUCCCACAUUUCAACCCUCACAAGUAGCCCAAGGAUGCAUGGUGCAAGAUUCUCUUCCCUUGGUUUGUCGAAAUUGCUGUUAUUACUAUCAUACAUACAUAUCUUUAGUGUGAAUUUUACUGUCUCUUUAUUUUUCACCUUUUUCUUUUGAGGUGGAUGAAGGUCCAUUUGUGACCUCAAAAUCUGCUUGGAAGGAACUGAGUUUAAACAUCAAUUGUCAAAUAUGUUCCAUGUAACAUUUUGAUAUGUUCUAUAUUUUUUCAGGAGAACUAUAUUAGUUUGAUUGAUACAAGGGCUUUAAUAAUCUGCAGUCAAUUGUUUGG